AUGUCUGACGAACAUAAUUUACCAUUACCAUCACUGCCAACAAUGGUUAAUGAUAGAAAUGAAGGUAAUAAUAAUGUUUAUAAUGAAUCAAAAGAUUCAAAUGAAGAACAAGAAACUAAAUUAGCAACGGUUAAAAUGUUGCUUGAAACAAUCGGUCAAACUGUAACAGUUGCUUUUCCACUUCGAUCACCAAUAAGUGAAUUAAUCACACAUUUCGCUAAGGAAUUACGCAUGCCAGAAAAUAUAUUACAAAUAACAUUUAAAGAAAAAGUUCUUGAUAAUCAAUUAACUCUUUCAGAAAUCGAAGUUGAACCAAAUACUACCGUUAGCAUGGAAUUACAUUCAAAAGAUCCAUUAAAUGAACCAUUACGACCAUAUAAACCACGUCAAGAUAUUUCUAUGCCUGAUGUAAUUACUGUUCGAAUUGAUGAAGAUCAAAAUAUGAGUCGUGAUGUUGUUGUUGAAAUCGAACGAAAUAAUUUUCGUAAACCUUAUUUGGGUGGUGUACGUCAUCGUAUGACUGGAAAAGAAUAUCAUCAUGCUAGUGCUCAAACUUUACCACCACAAAGACCCGAUAAAGGUAUAAUACGUUAUUGUCGUGAUACACAAACAAUUCAGUCACGACAUCGAGUUAUUCAAACAACAAAUGAACAAUCAACACAAAUGAGUAAACCUGGUUAUUAUAUUUCAACUGAAAAUGAUCGUUUAUUAACACCAAAACGUUAUCAAACAGCUGAAGAAAGAUUUGAAAUUUUAAAUAAAAAAGCAAUUAUAAUACAAAAAUAUUUUCGCCGUUGGUUAGCUAAACGUGAUGUAAAUACAUUAAGAGAAGCAUUUCAACAACGAAUUCAAUAUGAAUUAGAAGAAAAACAAAGACAAUUAGAUGAACGACAACGACGUUAUCAACAUGAUCUUGAUAGACGUUUACAUCCAAGAACAAAAGAUGAUUUUGAUGUACUUUAUGCUGCACUUGAAAAAUGGCGUGAAGAAGAAAUAGCAAAAAUAAAUGCAACAAAACAGGGUGCUGCUCGAAAAGCAGCAUUAGCAUUAUUAGUUGAUGAAGAAACAGAAUUAUUAGCAACUAUUGAUCGAUAUAAAACAGAAGCUCAAAAAUAUAAUAAAGAAGUUAAUAUACAACGUUUUCUUGAACGUAUUGCUCAACCAAAAAGAUGGAAAUACAAAGAUGGUUCAACAACAGAAAUGGAUACACCUUAUUCAAUUCGUGCUCGUGAAUUAAUGCAAAUUUACAAUACAAUUACCAUGAAAUUUUUAACACUUGAUGAACGACUUGAUAUUCUUCUGACUUUAAAACAUACUGUGAAAGAACAUGAUAGUCGUCUUACACAAGAAAUAAUUCAAUUAAUUGAUCGUGAAGCUGAUCUUCUCAUGCGUGGAAUAAAAGAAGAAAAUUUAUCUGGUCUUCGUCAACGCAUUUCAACAUUAUUUCUUCAAUAUAUUAAAACACCUACAUUCAAUCCGGGUGUUGUCCGACAUCUUAAAGUACCACAAGAUCCAGUCGUCGCCACGGAACAAAAAACACUUUAUUGUCGUAGUUGUCAAAAGUAUUAUCCAUCAACAGAAUUUUCUGUUAGUAGCACUAAUGCAAAAGUUGGUAAAUGUCGACAAUGUCUUCGAUUGGAAAAUAUUGCUAAUAAACGAACGGAUCAAACUAAAUUUAAAUUUUUAUUUAAAAAGAUUGAAAAAGACGAAUGUGAUUAUAAUGAUGGAGCUCGUUGUAUAUUCUUUUUAACGACUAAUGAUAUAGAAUAUAUGUUUAAAAAUAUUUGGGAUAGUCAUUCGGCAUUAAGUGAAGAAUCCGACGUUUAUAGUUUAACAUUUGUUCGAUGGAAUCGUCGUGAAGAAUUUUCUCCAUGGAAUUGUAUACUCUUAACAUUACAAGAAGCAAUAGCGCAUUUAAAACUUGAAGAUGUUGAAGGAAGUUAUAGUGAACCAUUUCGUAAAAAAAUUCGUUAUAAACAUGCUAUAUCACGAAGUCAUUUUGUUAAACUUGUUGAACAUGUGAACAACAAUCAAGAACAACAACAAGCUAAUACAUCAAAAGAUAUGACUAUAACAGCGAUUAAAAUCGGACGACAACGUGGAACACCAACAGCCAUGACAAAUACAUCAGCAUAG